AUGGCGGCUCGUAGUCCUCAGAACCUCCCCUUAGAGCUGAUUCUGAGGGUCGCGGACUAUUUAGGAUCUUCGGAUCUCUUAAAUUUGAUUCUGGGCAUUCCCCACCUUCUCCCCGUUCUCCACUCUCGGCAUUUACAGGCUAAAGAUAAGGAUGGACACACCAUCUUGUAUCACAUUGUGGAACAGGGCCUUGAAAAUCUCAUCAAACCUCUUGCACAAUGGAUCCCGCAGAGCUCCAUCCCUGACUAUGAAGGAUGGACUCCUCUCCAUCAAGCGGUCAGGAAUGGUGAUGAACAGAUGGUAAAAGCACUGAUUCAUGCUGGUUCAGAUAUAUCAGCCCAGGACAAUAGCGCAAGGACCGCCCUUCAUCUUGCCUGCGAGGCUGAAGAAGCUGGAAUUGUCCAGUUGCUGCUGGACCACGGUGCAAACCCAUCCGCGGCGGAUUACAACGGACGAACACCCUUGCAUGAGGCGGUUGGACGGGACACAAUUAUCCUCCAGAAGCUAAUUAGAAGAGAUGGUGUGGACCUUAAUCCCCGAGCGAUGCCUGGAGGGCUGACCCCUCUUUUUUAUGAAGCUUGUCUGGGUCGAACAAGCGCUGUCAUGGCGCUUAUUGACACUGGAGCAGAUCCAUCCAUUCGAACAGAGACUGGGGAGACCGUACUGCAGCGCGCGACCCUCGGUAAUCACGCUAAUAUUGUGCGACUGUUACUUGACUAUGGUGUUAAAACUAAUGUGCGAGACAACCACGGCUACACUGCAGUGUUGGUUGCUGCGAUUUCCGGGGCAGAUGAAUGUCUGCGACUCCUCCUGAAGGCUGGUGCAGAUAUUACAGUUGUGGACAAUUAUGGACGGAACGCAUUGCAUAUAGCAGCUUGGAACGGACGUGAGUCCACCGUCCAGCUGCUUCUGAGAAAGGGAGUUGAUCCAUCCGCAUUGGACAACCGGGGCUCCUGUGCGCUGUGCUGGGCAGUUGAAAGGAGACAUGAAGGAGCGAUUCGAAUUCUAAAAUAUGCGCAAAAGAACCCAGUUUCGAGGUUUAUUGCUACACUGCCGUCAUUUCCCCGGCGAGGGAGGGGGAAGAAGUUCUACGCAAAGGUGUCCGGUUGUGCCGUUGCCCAUCGCCACAGUGCCUGA